AUGUCGCACGCCUCGCGAGCCUCGUACUCCCAAACCAACCGCCGGGUUGGCAGCCUCGGUCGAGCACCGUCGAGAGCCCGCGCGCCGACAAUCAGCUACGACGAUGCGUACUCCUUCGCCCUGCGCAUCGCCUUUUUGAACUACCUCCUCCAGCCGCGCAAGAAGAGAAAGGAAUAUGUCAACACGCCAAAGCCGCCCCCGAGGGCGCAUACCUCGAGCAUGUCGGAGCUGAUGAAGGACUUGACCGGGUCGGCCUCUAUCAAGCUCCCCCACGCGUUCCGCCAGUUUCUGGAGAGACGGAUGUCCGGUGUGCUGCAGGGGAUCGAGAGGCUGCCCGGCUUCAGCGAUGCUGCUGUCAAGAGAACCUUUGCGGAGGCGUACACUGCCUUCACCGCCAAGGACUUUCAGAAGUCGAUUGACAAGGAUCGGAAAGCCCAGGGGCGUGGAAAGGCCCCGGAUGAUCAUUCUUGGAAAUACAUGGUGGACAGGCAUCUGGCCAUGUUUAUCAGGCUGCUGAGCAGUAUCCUCAAGGACCUGGGGAGUGAGAAGUCGGACCUUAUUGCACGCCUGAAUACGCUGGAGAAGAAGCUGAUGACGAAUGACCAAAACUUGUAUUUGGAUACUGGGCAGGAGGAGCACAAGUAUGUGGAAAAGGAUAUACCGCUGACCUACGAGGUCAAGGACAUGUUGAUGGUCCAGACGGUUGCCAAGAUAUUCGGGGUGACCAAUUCCCAGGUACAGAGUGACAUUGACAGGAAUAUGUCGAGCUGGACCGAGGACAAUGCUUUGAAGGAUUUCAAGGGGUACCAAUUCAGGCUCUCGGCAGGAAUGGCGGGGACGCUGCGGAAGUCGGAUUUCGAUGUGAACGAGGCCUUUGAAGAAUGGAGGCGGCAGGAAGGCCCCCAUUUGGCAAAGAUUUUUUCCGAGCUCUUGAGCGUUCGACCGGAUUUGAAAGGAGGGUCUGGUGCUGGGAACGACAAGGUGCUCUCGGCGCGUCCAACGUCCAUGUAUGAAGAUCAGGCCUAUGCGGACCUGGGGAGGAUGCUGUCCAACAAUGAUCCUGGAUCUCCUGUUACUGGCUUCGACCCGUCAUUUAGCUUUGGGUCGCUCUCGCUUGAGGAUACGAGCAGCAUACGGAGCGUGGAUGAGCCAAGUUAUACUUUCAUCCCGCAGGAUCCCCGUGCUGUCUACAAGAUCAUCACUCAGUAUGUUUUAUCCUACGAUGAGAUGCACGCCGCGGAUUCUUCCUCACCGCUGAACGAGGAAUCCAACGAUCUUCUCGUGGAACUGGCGGUUCGAUGGCGGAUUCCACAAUUCACCCGCCAUGUUGUUCUCAUUGAGGUUGCGACUCGCAAGUUUCUCGAUACGGAGAUCACUGCGGAGCAGCUGUACACUUAUCUGGACUUUGUCAAGGAACCCCAACCGGAGCCGAAGAAGGUGCCUCCUAUCUAUCUGUUUACCUCGGGCCUCAGUGAGAUUGAGUCCAGCAAGUGGACGAUGGUCGAUUUUGCGGGCUACCAACAGGCACUGCGAGAUCUACACGAGGCCCUCCUGCGGGAGCUUUACACUCUCUUGUGCCAGUGCUACGCCCCCAAACCUCCCUCUGUCGGUGUCGUAAUGGCCUUGCUCAUGAACCACAUCUACAACGAUCCUGCCUUCUCCCAACGGCCGGAGGACGAGGCAGAGUUUUCUCAACAGCUCGAAAACGGCCUGCGCGAAGCGGCGGGUGAUGCGUACAGGGGGUUCUUGGAUGUGCACAUCCCUCGGAACCAGCAAGAGUGGGACUUUGCCAACGUGGUCAACCUCGGAAAGGCCGUGGUUGGGCUGGCAGAGAAGAUCAAGAAGCGGUACCGCAAGAACCCGGAAGUGAUGGGCGUCAGCCCGUUCAAGGUCCUCGUCGAGACCACGUUCCCCAGCUUCGAGGAGGACACGCACGAGAUCAUCAAGCGGGUGCUGGACAUGGCGAAGCAGCAGAACGUCGAGAUUGACCUGCAGGACGGGUUUGACUUGUACAAGGAGCUGGUCGAGAUCCGAAAGAUUCAUCUCGAGUCGCUGCCUGACAAGCCUUUUGCGUUUCACAUUGAGAGCUUGCUGGAAGGGUUUGUGUGGAGGUGGAUUCAGAAUGCGGAGGAAAAGAUGACGCAGUUUGUCGAGUCGGCUAUCAAGCAAGAUCAGUUCAAGGUUAGGGUGAGACAUGAGGGGGAUAUCCCGACUGAUGAGGAGAGGCACAGUCAUUCGAUUAUUGACACUUUUACGCUGUUUAACCAGACGGUCGAUCAGGUUUAUCAACUGGGGUGGAACGAUGAGGUGCAUUUGGCGAGGUUUAUGACGAGUUUGGCCAAGGCGUUUGCGGCGGGGAUUGGGAGGUAUUGUGAGAUUGUUGAGCUGCAGUUUGCGAGGGAGAUGGAUAGGCAGAGCGCGCAGGAGGCGGCCAGGGAGAGGACGGCGCAGGAGAAGUUUUUUCAGUAUGCGAAGGAGGCGUGGAAUACGAAGGAAAGGGUUGAGCCUUUUCAGUUUUAUCCCGAGUCUUUUGUCAAGUUCAACAAUAUCGAGUAUGCCAUGCAGGCGCUCGAUAAGCUGGAGAAGUUGAUGAAUGUUGAUCGCUGCGCGGAGGUGCUGGAUGAGGUUGACGGUCCUAAGCAGAUGGUCAAGCGGCCGGCUCACUACGUGUUUACGAUUAAGAUCGUCGAGGGUGAGGACCUGAAGGCGUGCGACCCGAACGGGACUAGUGAUCCGUAUGUGGUGCUUUGUGAUGAGUAUCAGAAGCGUCUGGCGAAGACGAGGGUGAUUCCCCGGACGCUGAACCCGCGGUGGGACGAGUCGGUUGACAUCACUGUGUCAGGGGCGCUGAACGUCAUUGCCACUAUUUGGGACCAUGACAUGUUUGGCGAGCACGACUUUGUGGGCCGGACGUCGCUUAAGCUGGACCCGGUACACUUUGGUGAUUACUUGCCGAGGGAGUUCUGGCUGGAUCUUGAUACCCAGGGGAGGAUCUUGUUUAGGGUGACGAUGGAAGGUGAGCGUGAUGAUAUCCAGUUUCACUUUGGGAAGGCGUUUAGGCAUCUGAAGAGGACGGAGAGAGAUAUGGUGCGGAAGGUCACGAGCAAGCUUACCAUGCAUAUUAACGCUUCGCUGUCUCAUGAAGCGUUACGGAACCUCUUGAGCAAGGGAAUUGCCGCUUCCAUGGCCAGUCUUUGGAAGAAGAAGCAGGCUAGCGCGCCACCAGUAACGGCAGCUGAGAUCGAAAAUACUCUCCAGCCGCUCUUCACCUACUUUGACGAGAACUUUGCCAUCAUGAAGCAAACACUGACGGAUGCCACCAUGAUGGCGGUCAUGACACGACUGUGGAAGGAAGUGUUGCUUGCCAUUGAGAACCUGCUGGUGCCUCCACUGUCGGACAAGCCCUCGAACCAAAAGCCCCUCACUCAGACCGAGAUGGACGUCGUCUACAGAUGGCUCGAACUCCUGUUCAACUUCUUCAACGCCAGGGAUCCCGAAACGGGCGAAGUAUUGGGAGUACCGGCCGAUGUCCUCAAGUCGCCUAAGUGGCACGAACUGGCAUCGCUCAACUUCUUUUACUUUGACUCGACGGAGAAUCUGAUCAGGACUUCGGAGCGGAUGGUGGCGGCUAAUAUGGAGCGGGCUAAGCUCCAAACGCAGCAAGCUCACCCCGCCCUGCCGAAUCGUCUUUCGGCCCCGGCGUCUCUGGGAGGAAACCAUCUCAGUGUGGCCAAUGCAGGCUUUGGCAGUUUGGGCACGAUCAGGCGCGGCAAGAGUAUCAUGAUGAGCCGCAACCUGGGGACGAUGCGCAAAGCCAAAGAGGAGAAGCGGAAGGAGAUGCAGGCGGAUCCGAGCGAUGAUAUGAUCAUAAGGAUCCUGAGGAUGAGGCCCGAGGCGGUCAACUACCUCAAGGAGCGCCAGAGGCAAAAGGAGCGGAUGGCGGCGAGGCAGCAGGCGGCGAAUAUUGUGCGGCAGAGCGUGCACCAGGGGUGGAAUAAUGGGCCAGCGUUUGGAGGAGCCUUAUAUGGGAGGAAUAAUUUGCCGCAGCGAUGA